CGUGAAAAGACGGCAUAUAAAACGUCAGUCUGCCCUUGUACCAAUAUUACCAAGAGAAACCUCCAUCCUAAAACUGCCGCUUGAUGCGAAACGCUGUAUACAUUCCGAAAACGUGAAACUAUGUCCUAGGACCUUCCCCAUCUGUCGACAAGGCUGCUUGUAGUCAUAAGUUUCCAUCAGGAUUUAUGACGUAUAUCUUGUUUAUAUCACGUGUAUCCUGGACGUGUGUAUAAGUAAACACUUCUACUUGUAUGCGUACGCACUUGUCACCACACAAGUAGCAACAGAGUCGACCGCAACUACCGCCGAACAUGAAGAAAACUACAGCAUCUCAAGGCAGAUAAUUGAUUCCGUGGAUCACUAUUGAGUACUAAGAUCAAUAAUUUUCAUCGUUAUUAAUCUCAACGGUGAUAUCCCCUCCACGAAGUCAAGAACUGUUCAACUUAUUCCUGCAUGUCGUGUGAAUACUAUUAUUUUGGAACUGCAUCACCUGUAAUUAACUUUCUUUCAUCUGGUUGCUGAUGGGAACAGGUGAGAAACUUGUCCUGAUGAGGACGACCAAGGGCCAGCCGAUUUACUACCUGCAGAAAGAUGGCGUGCUGUAUCCCCCUCUGCCAGACUACAGCACACACUUAAAGAAUGUCAAGAACUUCCGUUGUCAGCCUGACGAUGUCUGGAUCUGCGGAUACCCCAAGUCAGGAAACCACUGGAUAUGGGAAGUGGUUCAGAUGAUCCUGAAGGGCAAGGCCGAGUUCGCCACGGAGUUCAUGGAGAAGUUUCUCGUUGACUUUGAGAGUCUAGACUCUCCUUUCUUGAUGUCCAAAUCUCGUCGAAUUCUCGUGUCGCAUCUUCCCCGCAAGCACGUCCCCUAUUCCAUGUUCCAGAAAGGCAUCAAAAUUAUUUAUGUCGUCAGAAAUCCAAAAGAUGUAGCUGUGUCCGCCUACAACCACCUCUCCUCUGUCACCGAGGACUUCCGCCAGAUUUCCUUCAGCGAGUAUCUCGCCCUCCAGCUUCAAGGCAAAGUGUAUUACGGGGACUGGUAUGACCACGUGACCGGAUGGACCCAAGCUGCCCUCGCAAAUCCAAACAUCUUAAUAGUGAAAUAUGAAGAUAUGAAAAGGGACUUAUACAGAGAAGUGAGGCGGGUGGCGGGCUUUCUUCGCCAGAACCCGGGGGAGCAGACGAUAGAGAACAUCGCGACCGCUUGCACCUUUGAAAACAUGAAAGGAAAGAAAACAGAGUGUAAAGACAAAUGGAGAGAAGACGGUCUCAUCAGCUCCGUGUACAGAAAAGGAGAGGUCGGUGAUUGGCGCAACUGGUUCACUCCCGAGGAAAGUCGAGAGUUCGACGAGAAACACAGAAGAAAGAUGGCGUCGUGUAAGCUCAAUGUUGAUUUUAUCCUGGACGCAGACUGACUCUUCACCAGGAUUGGCAGCUUUCCAAUCACAGUUAGAACGAAUGGCUAUCAAAAGUUGAUGUCGAGACGUUAAACCACUCGGAGAGAUGUUAACUCCAAGUCAGCCGUUGGCCAGCACUGGGGCCAAUGCUCCAUCUGUACAAGGAAUCUCUCCUUGCAGCGGAGCUGUCUCGGACAGUAUUGGGUGUGAACAGUGAAGAUAGGCUCACACAUGUAAAAUCAACCUUUUCGUUAUGGGCAGAACAUUCCUUUCUAGUAUAAUACUAUAUUUCUUUGAGCUGUCUUGGGACAGUUUUUGAUGUAAAUGCUGAAGAAAGGUUCACAGGUACAGUUUUGGCCUUUUUAUUAUGUACACAGGUUUUUUUUCUUUCAUUGUCAACAUGUUAUGGUAAGAUUCUCUUUGUUAAUGUGGGACAUAACGAUCAGGUUGCAAAGUCCAUAUUGGACCGAUUCUGGGUGAUGAAAAAAUUGUGAAUAUUUUUUUGUAAAAAACGAAACAAGAUCAGUUAUUUUUACUGAUUCAUUUGUUGUAGUACAUAAUAAUAAAAUGUGUUCACCAUCUGUCGCAUGACCUAUAAUCACCAAUUGAUGUACUAAAAUUGUGCUGCGUAAUAUUAUUGUAAUUAUUUAUUACUCGAUUCGUCUUUCCUUGGCUCCAUGAAUCUGCAUUUCAGAAUUAUAUACACUCUUCAUAUUUAUUGCUUGACAGAUACAAGAUUUACUCCCAUUGAAGUUUUCUAUUUUCUGUAAUAAAU